GCUAAAAAGCGGGAUCUGUGAUUUCUAUUUCUGAAGGAUAUAAACAUUCCCCCUUGCAGUUCGGCAUCCGUUGAGAUUAUAAAUACCCCCAUUGUAGCUCAGCAUUCAGUAUUAGCUUAAGAUCUCAUACAACAGAAGAUAAAGGAUCGUGCAAAAAGUUUAAGAAAACCAAGAUGGCAGAGGCAGAUAAUAGUACUAGCCCUGGCAACCGAUUGCAGGACACCAGUCUCAUGAAGCCUGCAGAAGACCUUGGCAGUAGUCUUAGCAACAAUAACCAUGGCAACGACAGCAGUGUUUCUAGGUCCAUGGAGGAUCUGGUCAAGGAGUUGUUGAACAAACAUAACCAAAUAGUGCAGAGCUACCACAAAGAGGCGACUCAAUACAAGACCAAGCACAAAAAUGCUGUCAAAAUGAUGGAGCACCUGAAUUGGAAGAUGAGUGAGCUUUACAAAAGUUAUAAGAAACAAAAGUUGGAUAAUCUUCUACUACAGGAGAAACUGGUCCAAGUAGAGCACAGAUUUAGUAACGCGAAGUGCAGCUUGUGCCAGAAGGAAAUUGACUCUUCAGAAAAGGAGGACAAAAUUACAAGUGAGCAGAGUGACACCAGUCCCCAAGAAGAGGCUGGGUCACGGAGAGCAAUACUGAAACUGAGGGGACAGAAGAGAACCAGAUACAAAGAGGACCCACAGGUAGAUUCCAAAAAGAUGAGAUCAAGUAUCGAUGAUGAAAGUUCAUCCCAAAAUGCAACGUGCAUCAGCCAAAGCCAGAAAAGCCUUGCUACAGCUAAGAAACCAACUUCUCUUGGGGCCACUGUUGGAGAUAUUUUGACCAAGGAUCUCAGAGAGGGAGAAACGCAGUUCUUAAAGACACAAAAAAUCUUGGCACCAGAGACAUGUGCUCUUGACCUAAUUGAUCCCAUCGAUGAAAGUUUCAAUGAAAAUAUUUCAGUUAAAGACAUUAUACUGAAAGGACUUGAGGAGGAUGAAACUCAGAGAAGAAAACCUCAAAACGUUUUGGCAUUAGAGACUUGCCCAGAAGAGACAAUCCCAGAAUGCUCCACACUAGAGACAUCUCAUAACCUUGACCUCUCACAUGACCUUGAAAACAGAAAGGUCACUGACACUGAAACUGAAACAGACAAGAAAGAAAUUGUUGAGGAGUUGGGAAAAACUCUUGAAUGUACUGAUUUGGGCUCAAAAGAAGAGCUUCAAAUAGUAGCAAAACAAACCACGGAUAGAAGAGGAAGAAAACUAGAACAAAGUAAGUCUUUUCAUAGAUUGACAGACAGAACAAGUCCUAUUGAAGAAAGUAUCCAGACCUUGAUAACAAGAGUUCCAGAAACUGUCAAUAUUGAAGACCAUGAUGAUGAUGAUGAUGAUGAUGAUGAUGCAAAGUCCAAUGCAGACAACAGUCAAAAUAGUAUUGCUAUGGACAAUUACAAGAAUUCCACCAAACAUGUUUAUAAUGCAUAUGCACAGCAAGAUGCCACCAUUACCAAUCAUUGCCUUACAAAUGAAGACGACAGGCAUAACAAGAAGGCGGUUACCAGGAAGACAGUUAAACCAAUCAAUGAGGUCUACAAACAAAAGGAGACACAAGUUCAUGGUUACAAAAUGAAAAGAAGUGAUGGUGAUAAUCUAUUUGAUCACAGUGUUGUUAGCCCCCCUUCUCCCCCUCAUGCCAGUACCCCUGUGGAACCCCGAAUCCACAGAAAACAAUAUGGCGGACAUUCCCAAAAUGUCUUUACCUCUUCCCCCAUUGGUAACAGCAUUGUUGAAGGUGGACUGUUAUCGAAUUUAGGCAUAAAUGAAGAAGAAAAUGGUUGUAGAGGUGAAGGAAAAGUCAGCAGUGCCAGUGGUCAUGGGAACGGUAGCCAAGACAACUGUAACCAAGGCAAUCAAAAACAGAUAUAUAACCAUGGCAACGAGUUGCUUUCUAAAAGGGAUGAACAUAAUUCCAAAGAUAACAGACAAACUGUGACUGAAAAUGAAUUGGAGUCUGAAAAGAAAUCUGCCAACUCCCAAAGGAAAGCUACCAGACUUGUGCGCCACUGCAGCAGCACUGAUGAAAUUGACUCAGAAAUACCUGCUUCUCCAAUAUUUGGCAAACAGAACACCACCGAUGGUCCAAAUGAUGUCAAAUCUCCAGCUUUGUUUGAUGAUGAUGAUGAUCAUGGUCAAGUGGCUGUGGAUCAGCCACAUAGGCAAUACGAAUCACCAUUCAAGAGAGGCAAAGGACCUGUCAAGUCCAAAAAACUGUCCCCAGGGAUUGAGGGGUAUGAAAGUGAAGAGUCACCUCUAAUGUUUAAGAAUAUUGCCAAUUUAAAACGUGGCUGGAAACCAGGACAGAAAAAGUCAAAAUUGCCUGAUGGUGAAAGGACAUUGUCUCCACCUGGUGGUAAAACUAGACUUUUCAUAGAAUCAGGAGUUAGCGCGCCUCAGUCCAAGUCUCAACAAACUUUAGGGCCGUCUCGCAGAUUUGAAGGAAUUGAUGGAGAAGACGAUGAAAGAACUCGACCAAAAGCUCAAGAGCAGAACCAAGAGAAGUUUGUUAAGAGGAGAUCAAAGAGACUACAGAUGUUAGAAGUACCUUUCAGUGUGUCUCCACCGAGCUCUCCAAACCAUAUGAGGAAAAAUCAGAAAAAAGAAGAACGGAAGCUGCUCCGUCAGUCUACUUUGACCCAGGGCUUCUUCUCACCGAAGAAGAUCCCAGUGUCCAGUCUAGCAAAUUAUAAUGGUGGCGUUCUCAAAUCUGAAGCUGGUAAAUUUGAGGAAGAGGAUUUGAAGAAGGCUAUCUUGGAAUCUCUGGCAGAUGCCAAGAAGAAUGAAGAAGAGGAUGAUUUGGACCUAGCAUUAAAAUUAUCACUACAAGAAAGCCACCGUGUUGAAAGCAGUAGCUCUGUACAUGUAAACAAAGAAAGCUCUGCAGUGAUUUCAAAUGUAGGUGGUGAUGCUGAGCAAGACAGUCCCUCUGCUGUGAUACAUAAAGAAGUCGAUGAAAAUACACCACCAAGGGAACAGUUUAAAAAGCCCAGAACACCCAUUGGUAGUCCUUCAGCAAAGCAACAGUGUGCCUCCAAAGCCCAUAGCCCAAAAAGUUUAAGAAACCAGAGACACAAAAGUCAUGCCACUUUUGACCCCGAUGAAACAUGCUUGCCUUUUCUCACUCAGAGUCCUUCUGUGCCAAUGAUUUAUCAGAAUGAAGGCAUGGACUUGAAUGGUAGCAUAGACCCAAGUGUGCGUCUCUCUGAAUACGACAUUGAGUCUCAAGAUGAAACAUUUUGUGAUGAUCCUCAGCAGGAAAUGUCAAGGUCAAGGUCAGGGAUGAGUUCAAAUAUAGCAUUGGGGUCAAGGUCACAUAAUAUCACAGAUGCAAAUGCCAGCUUGGACACAAGUGAAACCCUUCUAAAUUGCAAUCGAGGGGCUGGUGCAGUUCCUAUACCUGAUUUAGAGGAAGAAUCUCAAGAAAUAGACUGUACUCACAGAAGCGUUACUUUUGGCAAAGUUGAUAAACAUAUCAGAAAAGGGGAGGAGUCCCAAAUGAUAUCGAACAGAGAAAAAGAUGACAUAGAAACACAGCAGCAUCAAGAUGAAGAACCCAAUCUGCAGAGAAACAUAAAGAGCAAAGAGAUGAUCAGUAAAAGAGAGGGGGUUUUCAACAAGGGGAAGUGCCCCAGAUACCAUAGUGACAAUGAUGGUGAUGUGACAUUUAAUGCAGCCUUAGACCUAGUGCAUUCUGAGAUGGAUGAAGAUUUGAUGAUGGAGAAAGAUGUUUCAGAUUCACAACCGCAGGAUGCCAAUUUGCUAGAUGACAGCUUUGACAGAGUACCAAAAGCUGAGGGCCCUGCCUAUAAAUAUGUGGAUGUGGUGAGGAAGAGGGAUGAUAGAAGAAAACUAGAGGCCUUUGACUGUCCUGAAUGUGAAGAGUACUUUAAGGACAUGAAUCUCACAGCUGAAGAGAAACGGGAACGUGCAAAGCAGUGUUCUCGCCAUCGAGCAAAAUAUGUGCCUCCUAGUACACCGCCCCACUUCUGGGACAUUGGUUUCCCUGACACCCAGGAGUGUAAGGAAAGAGAAAAUGAUAAGACAAAGGACUGUAAGGAGAGUGGUAAGACACCCAGGAAAGAGGUCACAGAUAGCUGGUAUGACCACUUACACAAGAUAGUCAGUGUUCUAACAGCCACGCCCAUAGAUACGACAGGGAUUGAAGCCAUCGCCAUGGAGAUAAACCAAGAGGAAGAGGAGGGGCUGGGCGAGUAUUUUUUAACUGACUGGAAAUUCGUGUCAGUGGCCAAAGAGUAUGGACGAAAAGCAUUGGCGACCAGUGAGGGUAAUCCUGAUGACGAACUGUCAAAGUCCAUUGUAGAGUUCAUGAAGAUUUGUGACACAGUCGAUGAGGUCACCAUGUGA